AACGGAGGGUACGGGGAGUUCUUUGGUUGAAGGCUGUGGACUCCGCAGUGGGCCAUGGCUGUAAUAGAGGGCGUGGACGAUGAGGUCACAGUGGUCUUCGGGCUGCUGUUCCUGCUGUUGGUGGUGGUGCUGGCCUGGGUGUCAACACACACCACCGAGCGUGGGGAGCGGGUGGCCCCGCCAACGAGGGCGUCCGAGGAGCAGGAUGGGGAGCGUGAGGAGGAAAGUGAGCAUGAGGAGGAGACCGAGCAGAUGAUGAACGACGCCUCGAAGCACGAAACGCCCUCGGAGGAAGGGGAGUGUGAGGAACGAGGGGAGGUGAACCUGGACAAUGACAAAAUGCCUGAAGCGGACGAGCCCUCGCCAGGACCCUCCAACCUGCGCCAGAGGCCGUCCCGACCCAGCCCAGGGGAGGGCAGUGAGGAGCCUGAGCCCCCGGCCCAGCCUCACCCCGAGCUCACUGACUCUCCUCAGGACAACUAUAUAUUGCUUAGGUUAAAGUUUUUAAAUGACACUGAGAGAAUAGCUCGCGUAAAAGCCGAGGACACAGUCGGACACAUAAAAAGGACCUAUUUCCCUGACCAGGAGCAUCAGGUGCGGCUGAUCUACCAGGGCCAGCUGCUGGGAGACAACCAUCAGACCCUGGCCUCUCUCCACAUCCUCAAUAACUGCGUCAUUCACUGCCACAUCUCGCCCACCGCCACCCUCUCAGCCCCGGCUGGCAGCCCGGGGCCAGAGCACACCGAGUCCAUGCUCAACAUCGGGAGACUGAUGCUGCCUUUCUUCUUCCUGAUGUUGGUGUUUCUCUGGUAUUACCAGAUCACCUACUGGCAGUUCUUCACCGCCCCCGCCACCAUCUCUCUGGUGGGCAUCACCAUUCUCUUCAGCUUUGUGGUCUUUGGGACUCACCAGCGAUGAGGCUUUCACCAUCCCCCAGCCUCCACCAACCCCUCCACACCCACCUCUCCAUCCCCAGCC